AUGCGCACCUUAAUGUUGCAGAGCGACUAUGGGCUGCAUGAUCUUUACCCUGGAUCAUCAUUGACACCCUUGGACUGUUUCGGAAAUACAAAAUCCAAAGUGCAAGUUAGCUCAAUCCCUAAUAACAAGGUGCCAUCGGCACAGGAGCAGUGGACUUGUGCCAAGCUGGUCCUCCUUAGCCACUUCACUGUUGAGCUACCUCAAAUAUGGCUCUUCCACCCUAUGGCACAGUAUUUCGGUCUUUCUACUACUGUGCCGUUCCCGUCUCUCUGGACCAUGGCAUACCAGAUUGCCAUCUUCUUUGUUAUGGAAGAUACUUGGCAUUACUGGUCACAUCGUGCACUUCACUGGGGCCCUCUUUACAAGGCCAUCCACAAGAUCCAUCACCAGUAUUCUGCACCCUUUGGAUUAGCGGCAGAAUAUGCAUCACCUAUUGAAGUGAUGACGGGAGAAGAAGUUGCAGAAGAGCGUCAGGUUCUGAUUUACUCGAGGUCUCUUUCACCUAGCUGCGUUACUACUAAUUUGCGAAUCAUUCCCGAUCUUUCAAGAACCCUGGGCCUGAGAAUUAGAAGUUUAGAGAGCGUUUUUCAGUCAGAGACUAUGCACGCUCUGCCUACUACCUAG